UUGGCGUUUGUAAAUGUGGAGAAAACAUUCGCAAGUUCACUUUAAUCUUUAUUGUUAAAAUAGCACGUAAUUAAAUCUUGUAUAUUAUAUUAAAUAAAAUGUAUUGAGUGUAUUUAAAGGGCAAAAAUUGUUUGUUUAACUAAACAUGGCUAAAGAAGGCGAUAUGUCAUUGUUCAACGACGUAUUGGAGCCGUUCAGGCGGGUUAUAAACACUGACCCACCGAAGGAUAAGUUGUCGGUGUCUGCAAAGUUAAAUUUUUCUGAUAGUAAUCAAACGAUAAAAGAAGGUACACCUAUGUUAUUCCUUGGAAAACGAAAGUCUAGUUUAGGCUUGAGUGAAUCAGGAACUCCCGAGAAGCGAUUUCGGACCGAUUCGAGUUCGACCUCCGCUGCUUCUCCAUGGGAAGCUAAAAGGAUGAAGAUUGAUUUAAUUGCUGCAAAGGCUCAGAUAACAAAGCUAGAGGCUCGUGUAAAUCAUCAGCACACAAUUCGUAAGGAAAUGCAGAUUCUAUUUGAAGAAGAAAAGUCAUCUCUGGUAGACCAGCAUAAGCGGGAUGAGAGGGCCUUGUCAGAUAUGGAAGAAAGAUUGCAAUUGAUAAGAAGAAGGGAGCAAGAACUAAAGGAUGAAUAUAAUGCGGCCAUCAAGGAACACAAGGAUAGUAAAAUUAAAUGGGAAAAGGACAGAAAUGAGCUGCAAAAGCAAAUAGCGGAACUCAAAGAUGAAUUGUUGGAAGCAGAUGUCAGCAGCAAAGAUCAGUUGUCUGAAAUGAAAAAGGACAUAGAUGAGUUAUUACAGGCAUUAGAAGGUGCCCAGCAUGAAGUAGAAAUGCUCAAGAAGGAGGUAGCGAAGCAGACAUCUAAAGCUGAACAAUGCAUCACACUGCGGUCUCAAGUGGAUAAACAGACCUUUGAAUUGCAGUCAGUCACUAAUAAGUUGAAGGAGAUAGAAUAUGAAAGAGAUUCAUAUAAAGAUUGGCAGCAACAAGCUAAGACAGCCCAAAAACGGCUCACCAAUAUGGCGGAAUUAGAAAAGGAAGUUGUUCGAUUGAGGGCCACAGAAAGGUCGCUACGUGACAUUGUUUGUAACAAGCUGGUGUUAGAAGAGCAGGUGCAUUUACUUACAGUGAAAGUUGAGUCUCUACAACCAGUGCAGCAAGAGUUACAUGAGGCUAAAGUAAAGUUAGCAUCCCUGGAAUCAUCGCUAGAAGAUUGGAAGAAUGCAGCACAGUCCCAUGGCAUCGAGUCUGCCCGAAGUUUGUCUUCAGCCCUGGAUUCUGCUCUCAACAGUCAGUUGAACGCUGUUGCGGGUUGCUCUCAAGCACAGUCUCAACUCGCACAACUCACUGAGGAAGUUGCAACUCUGAAAUUCGAGCGAGACAAGGCGACUGCCAAGCUUAACGAUUUGCAAAUUGUGCGCAAGAAUCAAGAAAGUCUCAUACAUCGGCUGCAAAAACGUUUAUUACUGGUGACGAGGGAACGAGACAGUUAUAGACAGCAACUGGACAGUUAUGAAAAAGAGCUAACGGUUACUCUAAGUGGUGCAACGGGAGCGGGUAGUUCGGCUUUACUGUCCGCGCGAGUCGAGCAAUUAGAGAAGGCGUUGCAAGGCUACCGGGAUGUGCUGGCUAACCAAGACCACGAAUCACAAGCGAAGGCUCUCGAUAGUGCCCGAGCGGAGUCCAGUAAAUACCGCGAAGAAGCCGAAGCCGCUAAGCGUGAGGUGUCAAAGCUGCGGGCGCAAAGAGACCAGCUGCAAGCCCAUUUGGAGAAACUCGCAGCACCUACUAAGGUACUACAUUUAGCGGACAAUCCUGCGGCCGCAGCACAAAAGCAAAUGGAAGUAGAUCUGGAGUCAGCUCAAGAAGAAAUCAAAAAGCUAAAAGCUGCUCUACGGGAAGGUGGAAAUAGAGCGUGUCCAGAAGAAAUGCAACAGUUGCGUACUAAACUAGAGCAUAGUAGGAUUAAACUACAGAGGAUGAAAGAAGAAUUCACAUCUUCGGCGCAAGAGUACAGGGAUGUGUGUUAUAUGCUUCUAGGUUACAAAAUAGAUAGGACUGGUCAUAAAAACUACAGGAUAUCAAACAUGUACGCGGAAUCGUCUGACGAAUACCUAACAUUCACUCUAUGCGAUGAAGGCAUAGAAAUGGUCCACACAGACUACUCCGCAUCCUUGGGGGAGUUAGUGGAACUGCACCUACAUCAUCACCAUUCCAUACCAGUAUUCCUUAGUGCACUUACCAUGGAACUGUUUACUAGAACAACAAUGCAGCAAGAGGUUCAGGAGUGUUAGCGGCUCAUGUAAUAAUUGUUCCAAUUUUUUGUACCUUGUCCUAAAAUAGCGUCGUUCUUCUUAAACUAAGACCUUGCGUUUUAAAAAAGAUGAUAUAUACUUUUUAGGCAUGAUGACAAUAACAAAGAAUCGCUAAAAUAUUGUAUUCAUCCAAUGAUAUAUCAUUGU